CUGUGACACACCACUAAAAUUAAAUCCUCCUUAAACCCUUUCUUCAGCCACCUCAAAGACGGUUCUCAUUCUCAUAAUACCGGCGCAAUCCAAGUCGGUAAAACUCCUUCCUCAAUUCCAUUCAUGCUAUUUAAAAGCUCACCGUCUUCUUCACCCGAAACCCUAACCCUAAUUCCGGUUUUCUUCCCCCACGAGACCAAACCAAAUCUCUCGCAAGAAUGGCGACUCCUUCUCACGCUCAGGCCGUCAAGUCGCUCAACAAAUCAUCCGGCCGCCAACGCUUCGUUUUUAAGACUUUUUCUCAGAGAAUAGAAGAUAUCGAUAUCGAUGUGUACCGGAGUCUUGAUAAAGUUAAGUCCGAGCCGUCCGAGGGCUCGUCUUUUUUCCGGGACUGCCUCGCAGAAUGGAGAGAAUUGAAUACUGCUGAGGAUUUCAUCUCUUUUUAUGAGGAAAUGUUACCCUUGGUGCAAACAUUACCUUUGGUGAUAGUGCACAAGGAAACUAUCAUGCUAGAACUUCUUUCGAGAUUACAGAUUAAAGCAAGACUUUCACUUGAGCCUAUUCUCAGGCUAAUUGCAGCUUUAUCUAGAGAUCUUCUCGAGGAGUUUCUGCCUUUCUUGCCAAAUUUUGCCGAGUCUCUAGUUUCUCUCCUUGAAAGUGGUGCAGAUAGGGAGCCAGAAAUUAUCGAGCAGAUUUUUACAUCCUGGUCUCAUGUUAUGAUGUAUUUACAGAAAUAUCUUACAGACAAGCUUGCAUACAUACUCAAGGUUACUCUGAAAUUAAGGUACUACCCAAAAGAUUAUGUCCAAGAUUUUAUGGCAGAAGCAGUUUCCUUUUUGUUCAGGAAUGCACCUAUUGAUCAGCUUAAACAAGGUGUCUGGAAGAUCAUGCUUGAAGUAGUCAAGAAACCCUUAGCUACCAGAAAGUAUGGAGUCAGUUUCUUACUUUGUUAUGCUAUGAGAGGAACCUCAUCGAGGCUUCAUUCUAAAGUAGAGAGAGUGUUGUUGUUAUUGAUGAGUGAUCCAGUACUCAAUAUUGGCGAUAAAUUCAGCCAAGGUUCAGAAAAUGUUGUUGAAGUGUUGAUUCUUGCGUUUCAAAGAUUGUGCGAGGUGACCGAGCGGAAAGAAUUGAAUUUAAUGUGGAAAUGCUUAUAUGUAGAAAUAAUUGAUUCUGUAAAAAACAAGCUCUUUAGGCGAUUAGAUCACCUGUUAUCGCUGCUAAUCUCUACCGUUCAGAUUAAUGAUGGGAGAGGGGUUUCUGAUUACCGACCAAUGGUUGAUGUCCUCGCAUUGCUUUUAGAAACCUUGAUAUUACCUUCUGGCAUCACAACGAAUGAGGAUCAUUUACCUGAAAUUUUUGAUAAGGUUCUAGAAUUGAUGCUUUGCACUCUCGAUGUGCUGCACAAUUACGAUGAUAUGUCAACCAUCUCCGAAUGUUCAUUGCUAUGGGCUCCAAUAUUUGAAUUAAGGAGCUCCAGUUUGUUGCCUUUCAUUCGGAAACUACUACUGAAGGACCUCUCCAUAUUGAAUUUCUUUAGAGUUAAUAUAUUAAGUGCCUUGAGUGACUUGAUCAAAACUUCACAAGAAGAAGUAGUAUAUCUAUUACUUUCUUUAUUUGAGAGGCAAAGCGUGGAAGAAAAAAAUGUCAUCUUAGGUCGAGUUUCUGAAGAAAGAGUUCUGAAGAUUCAAGAUUUUCUGCGGAGGGAUAUCCACAAGUGGAUAGGGGCGAUAAGUGAUAAUGUGCCUUUUAAUUCAUCGUCAGAUCAAUUACUUGGAACCAGCUUACCUCUGCUGUGGGCAACUGUUAAAUGUGUUCCGUUCUUGCUAGAUCCUAAAGCAGAUUCAUCCCUGCUAAUUGAUUUAGUAGAUGCAAUUGAUCAUUGUCUAACAAUUAAACCUGAUACUGUUUCUGGUGUCCCUAACAAAAGAUGGCAAGGCAUAAUUGGCACUGCUAUUAGUUCCUAUUCCAAAAUGCAUCACGGUGAAGAUGGAUUUAAUGAAACAGGCAAAAUUUUAAGUCUUGCGAGAAGGCACAGAUCAUGUUUGCAAGUACUAUCUGCUGUUGCUGAUUUUUUGGAUUCCAUAAAUGGGCCAAUGACGGAAGCUGACUGCAGCUCUCGAACAUAUCAUUCAGAACUUAAAGCAGACAAGGCAAUAGAUGCAUUAAGUCUAUUUGGUGACAAUUUGUACCUCUCAGAGAAGGGGCUCCGCACUGCAUCUCUUAAAAUACUGUCUCACUACGAACCUUUGAUCUGUGAUCAUUUCACAGAAGAUCAGCCUGUUCAGAAGAAAUUGAAAACUGAAGCUUCUCAGAUUUUCCAUACAGAUAGCCAACACUUUAACGUUCUGCAGCUUCUUCUCUUGAUUGAGACAACUCCUCUUUCCGUAUCUACCAGCAGGACAGUAACCCUGUUAAUCUCUAAAGUGCACAUGGCCCUCUCUGCUGGAAGGAUAGCCGAAGCUUAUGUGCCUCUUCUCUUGAAUGCACUGAUUGGUGUCUUUCAUAACCGGUUUAGCCACCUUUGGGAUCCAACAUCUGACUGCCUUGCAGUUUUACUAAGCCAUCAUGUAAAACUUGUGUGGGAUAAGUUCCUUAGUUGUUUUAUGCAAAUCCUCUCCACGUCCCAUACAUUGAAUGAUCAACUUGAUAAAAUCAUCGCUAAAUCCUCUGACAAAUCUAGUGAUCUUGUUGAGCGCUUUAAUUUGUUCAUUAAUCCUGCUUCUGAUAGCACGCCAUUGGCAACAGUAUUAUCAUUGUUGCUCAAAUCUUUGCAAAGGAUUCCAAGGAUUGUGGAUUCUCAUUCUCGAUCUAUAGUACCUUUGUUUUUAAAGUUUUUGGGCUAUGAUUGUGAUGAGCCUACAAGUGUGGGAUCGUUCAAUGCACUAGUUUGUAGAGGCAAAGAGUGGAAGAGUAUCCUGAAAGAAUGGUUAAGUUUGCUGAAGUUGAUGUGGAAGUUUUGGUCCUCUAAUUGGAAUCAGUCCCUUAAAAGUGUACUGGAAAAUAGGCUUCUGGAUGCAAAUGAUCCUGAGAUACAGAUGAAGGUUCUUGAUUGCCUGUUACUGUGGAGACACGAAGAUAAAGAUGAAGAGAAUCUCCUGGUAGUAUAUAGUCAGCAUCUGAAAAACUUGAUCAGCUUCAGUAGUUUCAGAGAGGAAAUAACGAGGUGGAGUCUGUCUAGAGAAUCUAAGCUUAUUAAUGAGAAUCACAGAGCUUAUCUUGUACCUAUAGUGAUCCGUCUUUUGAUGCCAAAAGUCAGGAAGUUGAAGAAGCAUGCCUCUCGAAAGCAUGCAAGCAUAAAUUACCGAAAGGCGGUUCUUGGUUUUCUAGCUCAGCUUGACGUUGCUGAGCUUCCUCUUUUCUUUUCAUUGUUAAUAAAGCCCCUGCAAAUUGUUCCAGUGGGCGGUGAUGGUACAUCUGACUGGUUUUGGACUUCAUCAAUAAGUUCUAUAGACAGGUUUCAAGCUUCUGAGCUUCUCAAGUAUUUCAGUGUGGAUAACAUAACAGCACUUUCUUGGAAGAAAAGAUAUGGUUUUCUUCAUGUGAUUGAAGAUGUUCUUGGAGUUUUUGAUGAAUUGCGCAUCCGACCUUUUCUUAAUUUUUUAGUGGGAAGUGUUGUUCGAAUAUUGGGAAGCUGCAGUUAUAGUCUUGAUGCUGCAAAGGGCAAUAUUUCCUCUUUGGAUGAAAGCGAAUAUGGCUCCAAGCUAAUUUCAGUUGAAAGAGACAAUACUGAAGGAAAUAUUGUCCAGACCAUCUCGACGCUAAAGCAAUUAAAGGAAUUGAGGUCCUUUUGCCUGAAAAUUGUAUCUGUUGUCCUCAAUAAGUACGAGCAUCAAGAUUUUGGUGAUGAUUUCUGGAACCUUUUCUUCGAGUCAGUGAAACCUUUGGUCGACAGUUUUAAGCAGGAGGGUUCUAGCAGUGAAAAACCUAGUUCACUCUUUUCUUGCUUUGUUGCAAUGACUAGAAGUUGGAAACUUGUGCCGCUUCUGUACAGAGAGAAGAAUCUUGUACCUGACAUAUUCUCAAUUCUAACGGUUACGUCAGCAUCAGAAUCUAUUUUAAGAUGUGUUCUUAAGUUCAUUGAGAACCUAUUAAAUUUAGAUAGUGAGUUGGAUGAUGAAGACAAUGAUGUAAAGAGAGUUCUACUUCCAAAUCUCGAGGCUCUUAUUAUUAGCUUGCACGGUUUUUUUCAAAGUGAAAGUGCGAUCAAGAGGAAAUUGGUCAAAUGCCUGGGUGAGACAGAGAUGAAGAUUUUCAAGUUAUUGUCCAAAUAUAUAAAGGAUCCGUUUCUAGCCAGGAAGUUCAUUGACAUUCUGCUCCCAUUUUUAGCAAAGGGAGUUCCAAAUUCAGAUGGUUCUCGUCAAGCUGUUGAAGUCAUACAGGGUUUGAUACUGGUCUUAGGAAGUGAGAUUACAACAAGAGUCCUGAAUGCCAUUUCUCCAUUGUUUGUUUCUGUGGAUCGGGAUGCGCGGCCGUGUCUUUGUGAUCUUCUUGAAACUGUUUCUCAAGUGGACCCUUCCACACACAUCGUGGCCAAACUUCUCCAUGACUUGAAUGCAACCUCUGUUACGGAAGUGGGUGGCCUUGAUUAUGACACUAUCAUCAAUGCCUACGAAAAGAUUAAUGUUGAUUUCUUUUAUACUGUUCCUGAGGAACAAGCGUUGCUUGUUUUGUCUCAUUGUGUGUUUGACAUGUCAUCUGAAGAGUUGAUCUUAAGGCAUACAGCUUAUAAGUCAUUACUUUUGUUUGUUGAAUUUACUUCCUUAAUUCUCGGUGAAGUUGAGGAUGAUCUUGAAAGGCCUUGUAAGAGAACUAAUGAUGGUUAUUGGACAAGAGGGUCCAUUAAGCGCGUAAUGAGCAAGUUUCUCUUGAAGCACCUGGGAAAUGCAAUGAAGGGAGAAGCUUCUGUUAAAAAGGAAUGGAUUAAUUUACUUCGGGAAAUGGUGUUAAAACUUCCAAAUAUCGCAGACCUUAACUCCUUGAAGUCUCUUUUUGAUGAUGACGCUGAAGUAGAUUUUUUUAACAAUAUCGUUCAUUUGCAGAGGCAUAGAAGAGCGAGAGCAUUGUUACGCUUCAGGAAUGCUAUAAAUUAUAGCCCUAUGGCAGAGGACAUAAUACGUAAAGUAUUUGUACCACUCUUUUUCAAUAUGCUAUUUGAAAUGCAAGAAGGAAAAGGUGAACAUGUCAAAAACGCAUGUAUAGAGGCCCUUGCUUCAAUUUCUGGCCAAAUGAAAUGGAACUCAUAUUAUUCUAUGUUGAUGAGAUGCUUUAAUGAGAUAAACUUGCAUCCAGAUAAGCAGAAGGUUUUAUUACGGUUAAUUUGCUCUAUUCUGGAUCAGUUCCAUUUCUCAGUAACCACGGAUGCAUUUGACAAUGCUUCUGAUCCUGGAACCAUUUUGUCUGGUUCUUUGGUUACAUUACAUAAGUGUAGUGGUUCUGCUUUAGUAUCUGAGAUACAAACUUCUCUUCAGAAAGCUGUUCUUCCAAAGGUACAAAAGUUGCUGGAGUCUGAUUCUGACAAGGUCAAUGUUAACACCAGUCUUGCUGCACUGAAGAUAUUAAAAUUGCUUCCGGGAGACAUAAUAGACUCACAGCUUCCUAGUAUCAUUCAUCGUAUUUCAAACUUUCUGAAGAACCGUUCUGAAAGUAGUCGUGAUGAAGCUAGGUCUGCUUUGGCGGCUUGUUUGAAGGAACUUGGGCUGGAAUACUUACAGUUUAUCGUCAGGAUUAUGCGGACUACAUUAAAGCGAGGGUAUGAGCUGCAUGUGCUCGGGUAUACAUUGAAUUUCAUUUUGUCAAAGCUUCUUUCAACUCCUGUUAGUAGUGGUAAGCUGGAUUACUGUUUGGAAGAUCUCUUGUCUAUAGUAGAGAAUGAUAUUCUUGGAGAUCUUGCCGAGGAAAAAGAGGUUGAAAAGAUUGCUUCAAAAAUGAAAGAAACUCGGAAGAGGAAGUCUUUUGAAACCCUAAAAUUGAUUGCCCAGAGUGUUACAUUCAAAAGCCAUGCGUUGAAAGUACUUUCCCCUGUUACGUCUCAGUUGCAGAAACAUCCAACACCAAAAGUGAAAACAAAACUGGAAAGCAUGUUAAGUCACAUAGCCGCUGGUAUUGAAUGCAAUCCUUCAGUAGAUCAGACAGACUUAUUUAUCUUUAUAUUUGGUCUCAUAGAAGAUGGGAUUAAAAGUGAGAUGAGUAAGGGCGAUAAUUUAUCAAUUCCAGGGGCAGAUGGACAUCAAAAAAAUGAAGCAGGUGGGAAAAAUAUUUCUUCAGGUCGAGUUAAAGGUGCUAAGUCUCUGUGUUCGCAUCUUAUUAUGGUCUUUGCUCUUGGAAUAUUGCAUAAAAGUGUGAAGAAUAUCGGGAAAAAUGAUUUGCCGGUGUUAUCGAUGCUAGAUCCUUUUGUUGCAUUGCUAGGAAGCUGCCUGAAUUCCAAGUAUGAAGAGGUUGUGUCUGCAGCUCUUAGAUGCCUUAUUCCGCUGGUAAGAUUGCCUUUACCGUCCAUUGGAUUCCAAGUUGAUAAAAUUAAAAGAGCUCUCUUUGAUAUUGCCCAAAGUACGGUAAAUACCAGCAGUUCUUUAAUGCAGUCAUGCUUACAAUUGUUGACUGUGCUUCUGGGAGGAACUAAAGCCACCCUUUCCUCUGAAGAGCUUCAUUUGUUAAUUCAGCUUCCACUUUUUGUUGAUCUAGAAAGAAAUCCCUCUUUUGUUGCCCUUUCACUUUUGAAGGCUAUUGUUAACCGUAAGCUAGUUGUUCCUGAAAUAUACGAUCUAGCAACACGAGUUGCGGAAUUGAUGGUAACAAGCCAGGAAGAACCAAUACGCCAAAAAUGCAGUCAGAUUUUGUUGCAAUUCUUGCUUGAUUAUCGUCUUUCUAGAAAGCGUCUUCAACAACAUUUGGAUUUCCUGCUUUCUAAUCUGAGGUAUGAACACUCAAGUGGAAGAUUAGCUGUGCUUGAAAUGCUUCACACAAUUAUUGUUAAGUUUCCAAAAACUGUUCUGGAUAAUCAUUCACAGACACUAUUUAUCCAUUUGGUCGUUUGCUUGGCUAACGAUCAGGAUAAUGAAGUUCGUUCCAUGACUGGCACUGCUAUAAAACGUCUGAUUAGUUGUAUAAGUGCACGCUCACUUCAUUCAAUUCUUGAAUUCAGUUUAUCUUGGUAUUUGGAUAAGAAGUCGCAACUUUGGGGUGCUGCAGCACAGGUUCUGGGGUUAUUAGUUGAAGUUAUGAAGAAAGAAUUUGAAAAACAUAUCAGCAGCUUAUUGCCGAGGGCUAGAACUAUUUUCAAGUCUGCCAUCAGUGAAGUUACCAAUAGGUCGCAAGAUUAUACUGAUGAAUCUACUAUUCCCUUUUGGAAGGAGGCCUAUUAUUCACUGAUUAUGUUGGAAAAAAUUCUGCACGAGUUCCCUGAUUUAUGCUUUGAACGUGAUCUUGAGGAUAUAUGGGAAAUAAUUUGUGAACUUCUUUUGCAUCCCCACAUGUGGUUACGAGAUGUUGCAAGUCGCCUAGUAGCAUUCUACUUUUCUACUAUAACAGAGGCCAGCGGGAAAAAUCAAGAGAAACCCAUUCAAAGUUAUUUUCUUAUGAGGCCAAGUAGAUUAUUUAUGAUAGCUGUUUCCUUCUGUUGCCAACUGAAGGCAAAAAUCAGCAAUGAUGCUGCAAGCAACCUGAUUGAGCAAAAUCUCGUCUUCACUAUCUGUGGUGUGCACUCUUUGAUGGGACAACUGGAGUGUGGAGAACCUCAGAAGUUUUGGUCAGCCCUUGAACCGAAUGAGCAGGGUUAUUUUCUUAAAGCAUUGAAGUUGCUUCAUUCAGGGAAAGGACAGGGCAUGUUUUUGUCUUUUACAUCUGGCGUAUUUGAUAAAAAAGACGAUGCAUGUCCUAAGGACAUUAGGCACUUACUUGUGUCCAACCUGCUUAAAAAGAUGGGAAAGAUUGCCCUUCAAAUGGAGGAUGUUCAGAUGAAAAUUGUCCUCAAUAGUUUCAGCAAAAUCUGUUGUCAAAUUACUCAGGAAGACCGACUACUGUAUGCCUAUGAAAUCCUGCUGCCCUUGUAUAAAGUUUGCGAAGGAUUUGCUGGAAAAGUGAUCUCAGAUGAUAUUAUGCGAUUAGUGAAGGAAGUUUCUGACCGUCUACGAGAAAAGUUGGGCAUCCAAACAUUUGUGCAAGUUUAUGGGGAGAUCAGGAAAUCCUUGAAGAUGAAAAGGGAUAAAAGGAAACGAGAAGAGAAGAUAAUGGCUGUUGUAAAUCCUGAGCGAAAUGCCAAGAGAAAACUGAGGAUUGCCGCAAAACAUCGUGUCCACAAGAAAAGGAAGAUAAUGACGAUGAAAUUUGGACGAUGGAUUUAGAAAGCCCCAACAUAAAAGAAACAAAAAAGUGUUGCUCAUCGUCAUCGUUGAAAACCACAAUCAUCUUCAUUUCACUGGAUGAUUCUCUUCAAGUACCCGUUUCUCAUUGACAAACUUCCAGUUUCGCCUGCGAGAAGCAAUGAGAGGCUUUUAGUUUUGUCAGUCUACUUGAAAAUCAUGACGCAGUCGCCGACCUUGGUAAUAGUUUUGGAAUGACCAUUUUUUUAUUUCUUUGUAUGCAUGUUUGUCAUAUUGAAAUUUUGACCCAACGUGCAUGUAUGUACAGGUUAAGAUUAAAUACAAAUAUUUCCCAGAGCAAAAAAAAAAAAAAAAAAAAAAAAAAAAAAA